AUGCCUGGAUCGACGUCUUCUCCUUCAACCGCUAGCCGUCUGAGCUCUUUAAUUCAGAAUGCCACCUCAAACCCUCAGCAUAUACCAGGGCUCGUAGUUCAGGUGGUAGACCGACAUGGAAACACAGAAUAUUCCAGUGCAUCGGGCAUCAGAGGGCUAGGUGUUGAGGAGCCAAUGACGACCGACACGGUAUUCUGGGUCGCCUCAUGCACGAAAUUAUUCUCGGCUAUUGCUCUCAUGAAGCUAGUGGAACAAGGACAAGCAGACUUAGAUUCGGCAGAUUUGCUAGAAGAUUUCGUCCAUGAGCUGAAGGAUAUUCAAAUCUUGAAGAACGGGAAGCUAAGACCGAAAGCUAAUCGGAUCACCCUACGGAUGUUAAUGACUCAUGUUGGGAUUGACUGGCCUCUUGGUAUGGCCAACACCAGUUUUGUGCCAUCGCGCGAGUUGCGGUCAAAAAUGGCGAUUUUGCACCAAAGGGGAGAGACUCUAGCCGCGCGACCCCAUCUCUAUGGUCCAGCCCGAGAAGAGAUGGAAGGCGUUUUUCAGUCUGCUGGCGCCGGCCUCUUAAGCACAGCUCCCGACUACAGUCGAGUACUAAGUAUGAUCCUCAAUGGCGGCGUAUCACCUCACACCCAGCAAAGAAUUCUGCUACAGGAAACCGUCCACCAGAUGUUCCAAAAUCAAAUUCCAGACUACAUGACGAAGCACGUUGGAGUUGCUCAGGGAGUUUCCAGACACGACCUUGUUGUCCCUCCAACAGUGGAGCCAGUGCCAGUAGCCGGAUACUUUGGCUGGGGGCUUAAUUUUGAACUACAGGCAAAUCCAAAAGCCUUGAAUCCAGCUUUAUGCGAGAAAGAAGGAUUUCCUAGAGGAUCGGCAGCGGGGCUCAGCAACUGCUUUUGGACUGUUGAUCGAGAGAAAGGCGUCGCGGCUGUGUGCAUGACACAGAUUCUUCCAUUUGGGGAUACUUAUGUACUCCCAUUAUGGCAGGAACUGCAAGAGGUAAUUUUCGAGGAUUAA